GACCGUUGGCGCUGCCAGCUUUGCUCUGGCUGCCCGGCAACGGCGCGCUCCCCGCUCCCCGCGGGCCCGCGGUUGAUCCCGCCCCUCCCUCAGGCGGAAUCGCGGGUGAUCCAGGCCGGGUUUUGUAGCGGAGCUGUUGGGUUGCGCGUGCUGAUUCCUCUCCGGUAGCAGCGGGCUACGGGAGAUCAUGGUGCUGCGCCAAGUCUGGACCGCGCUGUCCGGAGUCUCCGGGGUUGCCCUAGCCUGCUGCUUGUUGUCGGCGGCAGUGGUCCUGCGAUGGACCGGGCGCCGGACGGCCCGGGGAGCGGCGGCCAGGGCGCGGCGGAGACAGCGAGCUGGCCUGGAGACCAUGGAUAAGGCGGUGCAGCGCUUCCGGCUGCAGAACCCUGACUUGGACUCAGAGGCACUGCUGGCCUUGCCCCUGCCCCAACUAGGACAGAAGUUACGCAGCGGGGAGCUGUCUCCGGAGGCUGUGCUCUUCACCUACCUGGGAAAGGCCUGGGAAGUGAACAAGGGGACCAACUGCGUGACCUCCUAUCUGACUGACUGUGAGACUCAGCUAUCCCAGGCCCCACGACAGGGCCUGCUCUAUGGCAUCCCUGUGAGCCUCAAGGAAUGCUUCAGCUAUAAGGGCCAAGACUCCACGCUGGGCUUGAGUUUGAAUGAGGGGGUGCCAUCGGAAUGUGACAGCGUGGUGGUGCAGGUGCUGAAGCUGCAGGGCGCUGUGCCCUUCGUGCACACCAACGUCCCCCAGUCCAUGUUAAGCUUUGACUGCAGUAACCCGCUCUUUGGCCAGACACUGAACCCAUGGAAGUCCUCCAAGAGCCCAGGUGGUUCCUCGGGGGGCGAGGGGGCUCUCAUCGGAUCUGGGGGCUCCCCUCUGGGCUUAGGCACUGAUAUCGGUGGCAGCAUCCGUUUCCCUUCUUCCUUCUGUGGCAUCUGUGGCCUCAAGCCUACCGGGAAUCGCCUCAGCAAGAGCGGCCUGAAGGGCUGUGUCUAUGGACAGACAGCAGUGCAGCUUUCUGUUGGCCCCAUGGCCCGGGAUGUGGAGAGCCUGGCAUUAUGCCUGAGAGCCCUACUGUGUGAGGACCUGUUCCGCUUGGACCCCACCGUUCCCCCCUUGCCCUUCAGAGAGGAGGUCUACACAAGCUCUAGACCCCUGCGGGUGGGCUACUAUGAAACUGACAACUAUACCAUGCCUAGCCCAGCCAUGAGGAGGGCCGUGCUGGAGACCAAGCGGAGUCUCGAGGCUGCGGGCCACACGCUGGUUCCCUUCUUGCCAAACAACAUACCCUACGCUCUGGAGGUCCUGUCCGCAGGUGGGCUGUUCAGUGACGGUGGCCACACUUUCCUCCAGAACUUCAAAAGCGACUUUGUGGAUCCCUGCUUGGGGGACCUGAUCCUAAUUCUGAAGAUACCCCAGUGGUUGAAAACACUGCUGAGCUUCCUGCUGAAGCCUCUGUUUCCUCGACUGGCAACCUUUCUCAAGAGCAUGCAGCCUCGUGCCUCCCCCAGCGUGUUCAUAUCCCUUCAGAUGUACCGGAAUUCUGUGAUUGCUCAGUGGAAAGCUAUGAACUUGGAUGUGCUGCUGACCCCAAUGCUGGGCCCUGCUUUGGAUUUGAAUGCACCAGGCAGAGCCACAGGGGCUAUCAGCUACACUAUGCUCUACAACUGCCUAGACUUCCCUGCGGGGGUGGUGCCUGUCACCACUGUGACCGCUGAGGAUGAUGCCCAGAUGGAGCACUACAGAGGCUACUUUGGGGAUAUCUGGGACACUACACUGAAGAAGGGCAUGAAGAAGAGUGUAGGCCUGCCGGUGGCCGUGCAGUGUGUGGCCCUGCCCUGGCAGGAAGAGAUGUGCCUGCGCUUCAUGAGGGAGGUAGAGCAGCUGAUGACCCCUGGAAAGCGGCCGUCCUGAGGGUCCUUGACCUGCCCAGCUCUGGAGGACCUGAGGCCUACGAACUUUGUAGCCCUAGCUAUUCAGGAUACUACCACCUGUGAGGAAAUGCCGGGCACAGGGAAGAAGCAUUCACCUGCCCUCCCCUGGACCCCUGCAGAAGCACAGGAAUCUCUCCCCCCCAAUCAAAUUUGGACCUUGCUCCCUUCUCUGGUCCUCUUUCCAUCCUGAUCCCCUACUUCAUGUGGCAGCCAGCAGGAAUGGCCUGAGCCAAGGGUCACCAACAGUGAAGAAGCAAUGCAUUAUGUAUUUUCUGGGUGUUUCUGUUAGGGUUCUGGAAACCAGAGCCUGCUGAGAGGGCUGGCCUGAACCUCUAGAGCCAGCUGCGAUCUUGUCAUUCUCCUGCUUCCAAACCUCCCUGAUGUCAUCACCCACAAGAUGGGCAAACAGGCAUGUUCUCAGCACUUGA